AGACCAGUUGGAUUCAUAGCACCGGUGGCGGCAGCGGCGGCAGCAGCAGCUUCUAGGCAAAGCCUUUGGGUUUUAAUGCGGCUGUGCAAACAAUCUCUCUCUCCCAUUCAUUGAGCGAGGGAUUUACUAAAUCCAGAAAGCCUAGCCAGGAUUGGUCGAACGCGUGAUUACGCUGAGCAAAAGUUUUGAUUUCCAGCUUCUGAUUAAAACUAUCAUUCUUUGCAAGGACAGUAACAACCUGGGGUGGGGAAAAGAAUCAUCUCUCCCUGCUUGUUCUGCCUGGGACAACAAAAACUUUUAUCCUCUACUGAAAGGGCCCGCGGCAAGUCACCACCACAACAAAAGCCUGCUAAACAACCGCCCCCCUGCUUUUCUCCUCCUUCCUGCAAACGAAGGUCCUGUGGGAAGAACACAAGCAGCACUGCUCCAUCAUCGUCUGGAUUUUUCCUCUUUCUUUUUUCCCAUCGGCUAAAAUAAUUUGUUUGGAAGGGCGAUUCCCCCCGAAUCAUGCAGAACUACAAAUACGACAAGGCGAUCGCUCCGGAGAGCAAGAACGGGGGCAGCCCUGCCUUGAACAACAACCCCACCAAAAGCCCCAGCAAGAAAGUUUUACUGAUUUGCCUCGAUCUCGUCUGCCUCUUUCUGGCUGGUCUGCCAUUUCUGAUCAUUGAAACAAGCACAAUCGCACCCUAUAGACGGGGAUUUUACUGUAGUGACGAGAGCAUCCGGUAUCCUCUGAAAAAUGGAGAGACUAUCAACGAUGCAGUUCUUUGUGCUGCAGGCAUUUUUAUAGCCAUACUUGCUAUCAUAAUAGGAGAGUUUUAUCGGAUCUACUGCUUGAAGGAGAAGUCCCGAUCAUUCAUCCAGAACCCAUAUGUGGCAGCUCUGUACAAGCAAGUGGGUUGUUUUGCCUUUGGAUGUGCCAUCAGCCAGUCCUUCACAGACAUCGCCAAAGUGUCUGUUGGACGCUUGAGACCCAAUUUCAUUGAGGUUUGUGGCGUGAAUUUUUCAGCGAUCAACUGUUCUAAAGGUUAUAUCGAAAAUUAUCAGUGUCUUAAUCCAUCGGAAAAAGAAGUCCAGGAAGCCAGGAAAUCUUUCUUCUCUGGCCAUGCCUCCUUCUCUCUCUACACCAUGCUAUAUUUGGUGCUAUACCUGCAGGCUAGGUUUACCUGGAGAGGAGCCCGCCUGCUGCGUCCUCUGCUGCAGUUUACACUGAUUAUGAUGGCAUUCUACACAGGACUGUCUCGUGUGUCUGACCACAAACACCAUCCAACAGAUGUAUUGGCAGGCUUUGCACAAGGGGCCCUGGUGGCUUAUUGCAUAGUGUUUUAUGUCUCAGACCUCUUCAAACAAAAAACAAAGACAUCUCAACCACUUCCUCCAAUCCGGAGGGAGGCCCUUUCACCUGUGGACAUCAUUGAUCGGAACAACCAUCACAACAUGGUGUAGACAUUUGACAAAUAUAUAUAUUGUUUGUUUUUUGCAAAAUGACUGCUGACAGCAACUACCUGCUGCUCUCAAUCUCAUCAGACAGUAGAAUGUAGGGAGAGACUUUUGCCUGACCAAUAAGGUCUUACUCUGUGGCCUUUUUACUCUUACAACAUUUGCAUAAAAUGGGUGUUGUUCAACUAAGUCAAAGGCAACUAUUGCAAAAUGAGUCAAAACAAGAUGCAGAAAUUCUAAAUGUGCAAUUGGCUGAGUGUUCAUGUUGUAAUGAAUGCUGAAUUGUUCAUAGCUUAAUGAACACUAAAUGAUCACUAGCAAGCCGGCCACCUUUCCCACCCGCUACCCCAACUAUGAACAUUUCCAAUUCCUGUUAAAAGAGGGGAGGGGAGGGGAGGAAAAAUCCUCACCAACCAGAUUAUAUCACCAUCUUCAAGGAAUAAGCACUGAUUCAGGAUUUGUGAUCACUUUCUAAGGGUAUCCUCUUAUUUUAAACAUCAGUUUUCUUUGACUCCUUUCUAUACUGUGACUUCCUCUUUAUUUCAGAGAAGCUUGCCCAAUAGAAUAUUAGGAGGGUGUCUAUCCCCACUACACAGUCCCUGAAAAAGAAUACAUUUCUACACCUAAUUAAGCAUACACACAUCCACUUUCCAAAUGGAGCUCACACAUAGCACUCAUUGUAAGAUUUAUUCCAUAUUUGUUUUCAUCUAUCAGCUACCCCACUUCCACCAUACUAUCUGUAUGGCAUUCUCCAUGUUCACGUUUCUUAUCAUCUCUAAAUACGUGGAGAGCAGGUUGGAUUUGUCAGAUAAGGGACACUCAAAGUAUGGAACACAUGAUUCCGUGUAUCUAAUGUCAACAAUACUGUAAAAUCUCCCCCUUGCUCCCAGUGACCCACACAAGUAUUUUCUGAAUGAUUGGUGGUGGGGGGGUACCUCCUUUUGAAUUCAAUUUUAAAAAAUCUUGUUAGUGGUCAGUCUUGUUGUUAGUGGUCAGUCUUGCUAGCACUAUGGGUUCUAGGGCUGAGACCCAGAGAACCUUAAUUCUCUAGAUUUGGGGCGGACUGCUGGGCAGGCCCGUCCUUGCCUAAUAUUCAGUUAAAUCCCUCUUGUAUUUCCCAAUGGCCUGAAGAAAAGGGAUCGUUCUAAACUAUUGAUUAGACCUUAGGCCAAAUGCUGCUCUUAGCAAUACGAAGAGCUAAUGGAGAAACUUAAGCAAGAGCAGAACUUUGCCCAGUAACUCUAAUUCUAAGGUUUCAGAUGCACAGAAUUCGCAGAUUUUUAUAAACAUCUGACUUUUCUAUUCAAAACAUCAUCAAGACCUGACAGUGCUAACCAAACAGACUGUCCUUUGCACAUCCUUGUCACACAAAAUCCGUCCUUUCAUUUCAAUUAUUGCAAGCUAUGAUUUUUAUAAAUAUAUAUAUAUAUAUUAUAUAAAUAAUGUAUAAAAUAUUAAAAAUUAACUAUGUAAAAUAUUAGUUCUGAAACAAUUUUAGAUAUAUCCACUAUGAUUAUAAACUGUUUUGACCUGUGUUAUUUACAUUUUGCUGCUUUAAAAAAAGCAUUGACUUAAUUUUUUAUAGUUGACUAAAAUAUUGUAGUUCUGUGGUAGCACUAUUUUAAUGAAAAUAACAACUAAAGACAAUUGUAUAAAAAUCAUAUUAAAUUGUCUGUAUUUUUGUAAUGUUUCUUUUUUUGUAAAAAGAAGGAUAAGCAAGACUUUUGUAGAGAACAAAAUUGAAGUUUGUAUUUGCAAAAAUAUUGCUGUAUAAAUGUGCUUUAUAAAUAAAUUUUCCAGGCACAAUUAA